AUGAGCGGAGUGCACGACGAGAUGGAUGGCAGAAAGGACGUUGGCAGUGCUGUCCUCAGGCUUGAUGCGCCUUGCCUAUCUUGGAGCGGCGCAAUGGUGAACCCGCCAAAACUCAUCGUCUCUUCUCCUGACAUGGCCAUGCCGCCCGACCGAGACGCGAGACGGGCUUGCAGGGAGACCGCAGAGGCUCAGCAAGAGUGA